UGGUCAAGGAUAUGACAGAGGGGGUCUACUAUAAAUAUAGCUUUCCCUCUUUUUCGGUCUACAACUACUCGCCGGAUUGAAUGAUUCUAUAUUAAUUGCUUCAAUUUUAUUUUUUUGAUUUUGUGAUUUCCUUAGAUAAUUGCUGCUCACACAUACAAUGGGCGAGAUCCAGCCAGAAAUUUAUAUUCUCAGUCGAGACGCCGAGGAAUCCGCGCGUCUCAACCGCCAACAUGAAAUUCUACUCGAAAUUUAUGGAAACAACCUGAUCCAUCCGUCCAUUCCUAAAGAGAACCUUCACAGCGUAGCGGAUCUUGCAACCGGCACGGGAAUUUGGCUACGAGAUGCUGCCACCGUGUUAAGCAUGUGGAAUCGCAAUCCAUCGAGUCCAUACUACCUUCACGGCUCUGAUAUUUCAUCGGCCCAGUUCCAGCCCAUUCCUGCGCAAGCCAACGCAGAAAUCCAGCUUUCCCUGCAGAACUGUCUCGAGCCUUUUCCAGCGGAGCAUCACGGACGGUAUGAUUUCGUGCAUGUGCGAUUAUUAGUUGGUGCUCUGAGGAAGGGCGAGUAUGAGCUCGCCAUAAAGAACGUAUUCGAUAUUCUGAGACCCGGUGGCUAUUUCCAAUGGGAAGAAAUAGACAUGAACUCCAUCAGAAGCGAUAUAUCCCCCCAACCACCAAGCCUCAUAGAAGCGCGUGGCCUUCUGCUUGACUCCUUAAACAAGUCCGACCUCUACACAAAGCCCGCAGGGCACAUCAAGAGCGGAGCGGAACGUAUCGGCUUUGGUAACCUCCACAUCGAGGAAUACAAUAGUACUGCAAGACCGCAUCUGCGAGAUUGGUCCCGUGCCUGGCUUACCCAGGGACUCCAAUCGUUGAUACCGAUGUCCCUGAUAAGACUUGGAAAGGCGAGUGAGGAAGAUGUUGCUAAGGAGAUGGCGGAGGAAUUGAUGGCUGUGUUUAAGAGGGAGUGUGCUGAGGUGACGGUGGGAUUGACUAUGGACAUGGUUAUUGGAAGGAAACCAGAAAGAUUGAAGAAUGCUCUGUAAUAAUUACCUGUGCUUACUACUACUAUACUCGCGAUUUGAUAAUCCGAUAGUUAACGAUAUUUGGAAUAUAAUUGGCAUCAUGUGUGGUGA